CGCAGAAUUAAUAGGAAGGAAAUUAACUUUGUUAUCUAUCGCCAUGCCAUAUGCAAUUGCUUUUACUGUAUUUCAGUUUGCAAAAUCAAUACAUGUUGCCUGCAUAGGUAGAGUAAUAGCUGGAAUUGCUGUAGGUGGUAGCAAUGUAGUAUUACCUAUUUAUAUAGCCGAAGUUGCAAAACCAUCUUCAAGAGGUGUACUGGGAUCAAUGAUGACAAUAAGCUCAGUAAUUGGAGUACUGGUUUACAAUUCCAUUGCAGUAUAUUCUACAUAUCUUGUUUACAAUAUCGUAACCAUAGUUUUAUCUAUUGUCUUCUGUAUACUGUUUGUUUUUAUUGGCAUUGAAUCUCCAUAUUAUUACCUACGAAAACAGAAGAUUCAAAUAUCGGAGGAUAGGAUAGAUCCAACCAAACUUAAAGAAGGAAAUAGCGGUACAGAGUUAAUUUAUAUACAGAACAUAAAAAUAUUGUCUUUCCUGGGUUCCACCGGCUGGAUGAAAUCGUUCUUCAUGAUGUCAUUUCUCCUAAUUCUGCACCAUUUAUCGGGUGUUGGCAUGAUACCUAUGUUAUUGCAUUACAUUGCUACCUACUUAGGAUACAAAUAUGUGGCAAUCACGUAUGCGACCGUAUUACUUUCUUCAGCUGGAAUAGAAUUACUGGGUAGUUUUAUUUGUUUACUACUUAUCGACAGAAUAGGAAGAAAGGCAUGCCUAAUUAUCUCCACAUUAUGCAUUGGAAUAUUUUUUGUACCUAUUGCUGUAUUUGCAGCUCUCCGAGACAGCCGUUUAGAAAUAGAUCCAGUUCCUCCUUUAACAAUUUUGUUCGUUGUAAUGUUUUUAAUAUUUUUUUAUAUUGGACUAGCACCUGUUCCGCAGAUAUUACUUGGUGAAUUAUUUCCUAGUAGACUUAAAAUGGUAGCAGCCGUAUAUAUUGUCAGUUUUAAUCAGGUUUCCGUAUUUGUUGUCACGAAUUAUUUUCAAGAAAUAUCAGCUUUUAUCGGAUAUACACGUAUUCUGUUUAUAUGUACUGUUUCAAUGUUAAUAGCACCAAUAAUAAUUUAUUUCGGUAUUGUAGAGACCAAAAAAAAGAGUCUUCAAGAAAUCCAAAUAAUACUUAAAAAUAAGUGAAACAUUGUUAUAAUAAUCUUAAUAUUUAUUUUUGUUAUAUUAUUAAUAAUUUUAUUAAAGUUAAGAAAUCUUUGUAAUAAUUUUUUAACCUUUGUUAAUAUCCUAUUAUAAUUAACACUAUUUAAAAAAGCUAAAAACUAAAUACCGCAUUCCUUAUUUAUGUUAUAUCUGAG